AUGGUUUUAUCGUUACCUUCGCGGUCUAUUAACUACUUUGAAACCCUGGGAGAGCAAUUCCUAACACACUUCACCAGGGGUAUAAGAGCCAAGAGGCAGUUUGCGAACCUGACCGCCAUACGUCAAAGAGAGGCAGAGACUCUAAAGGAAUUCUUGACAAGAUGGCAAAGGAACAUACAAAAAGUGGAGGAUUUGGAUGACCGAACAGCUUUAACACUCUUCACUAGCCUACGAUCAGGGGACCUAUUCACUAGCCUACGAAGCGAUACACCUGAUACAUACGCCCAGGCUAUCCAGCAAGCCAAUAAAUAUGCAGAAAUGGAAGAAGCCAUACGACAAAAGCAAGAACGUGGAGCAAAGCGAUCCUGUGAUGAGGUCAGAACGAGUCCAAUGGACCGACUGCCAAAGAGAGAGAGUAGACCAAGUAACCUUAGAAAACCGGACAAACCCCGUCAUGAAGUAGGCCCUAUACUUAAGACUCAUCAAGUGUACGAGAUAAAACCACCCCGUCACAUGUCUGUAGGGGAUCGAUCGUCGCCGCAUCCCUGGCUGCCAGACAAUCAAUUGCGUUGCAUCGGACCAUCCGAUAACGGACCAAAAUAUUGCCGUUAUCACAGGCGUUUGGGGCACACCACUGAAGAAUGCAUCACUCUGUGA